AUGUUCAUGCUACUUACCAAACGAAAACACUACUUGCGACCUUCCCUUGACCUAACCCUCGACUGGCGACCGCUCUUCCGAGAGAUCAAAGUAUUCGUGCUGCCAAGGGAGUCGGGCUUGAUGCAGACAACAAACCUCAAGAGGAAUAUCGAGACACUCAUUGGGAUCGGUUCCUUCGCCCAACUAUAUUUUGACCCAGAGGACAUCCCUGCUAUGCUAGAGGAAAUCCUCCCUCACUUCACCAUGUCCUCGACCGAGGGCGCCUUUGUGGUGAUUGGACUGCUCAAUAUGCUGCUGCCAACAGGACCUCCACCGCCAAGUCGUUCGGAUUUGAAUCCCCAACAUUUUCUUCCAACCUUCUUCCACCUCUGGUCCCUGGUAAACCGCUCCCGAACCGUCGAUGUCGCCCUUGUCGAUCUUCUCUCUCGCCUGGCCCGGGAUUCACUGCCUAGUAAACAGGUCGGAUUCUCCGAGUUCGGGAUAUUCACCGCGGAGCAGUCCACAUUGAUUACAACCGCAGUUUUGAGGUUGCUAGAGAUCCCUGUCGGGCAAUCCACCUCGCCUUACAGCGCUCUGGUGGACAUAACAGCCGACACGGUGUUUCUACUGGGUCUUGAUCCGCACGAAACCCCCGUUUCACGCCACAUCGCUCUGUGGUUUGUGAUGUCGUUAUCACCAGCCUGUUUGGGAAAAAAGACCUCGGUUCUUUCACUCCUCGAGACACUGAUCCAGGCAAUUGAGACUUUCUUCCACCCGUCAAACUCCGGCGAUUGGACUCACACCCUGGCUCAACUUGUGUUCCAUCUGGCAGAUUUCUUUGUCAUGCGGUGGAACACGGAACGCAAUGGGGAAGUGGAAGUCUCAGAAGAGCGAAAGCUAAAUGAACCACUGCGAAAACGAUUUGUCCUCUGCCUACGAGAAGUCAUUUUCAUGGGCAUCUAUGCCAAAAGCGGAACAGCCAUGAGCUAUUCAUUGUCCACGCUGCAAGCUCUAGCAUUUUUGGAGCCAAACUUAAUCCUUCCCGGUGCUCUCCAACGUAUUUAUCCCUCAAUGCAAGGACUUGUUGAGGUACAC